AUGGCGACUUUGAACUUUGCCCUGGUGAACACGACUGGCUCGAACACGGUUUACGCGUACGUCACCGGCCGGGCUAUUGAUAAUAACAAUGCACUCUUCCUCUUAGGGGCAGACGGCAAAACGGCCUACUACCCCACAUCCCCCUCAGCGACCCUGACCGGGCUGAGCCAGGACUGUGCGAUCCCUCUUGGGGCAUCUGGCAGUACCAAGACGGUCACCAUCCCUCAUAUCGCGGGUGGACGUAUCUGGUUCGCUCGCGAUGGCAAGUUGACCUUCUAUCUCAACCCCGGCCCCAACUUGGUGGAGCCCUCGGCCUCGAAUCCCUCGGACGCCAACUACAACGUGUACUGGGACUUCUGCGAAUUUACUUGGAAUUCGUCGCAGCUUUAUGUCAACAUCAGUGAUGUGGACUUCGUGUCGCUACCUAUCGCCAUCGCCUUGACGAAUACCUCAGGCACGACAAGUUCUGUGCAGGGUCUUCCUUCGAAUGGACUGACUACCGUUUGCAAUGCUCUCAAGGCGCAGAAUGCAAAGGACGGUGCGGGCUGGGAUCAGUUGGUCAUCGCCAAGAACGGCACCAAUAUCCGCGCUGUCUCGCCGAAUCUCGGAAUCGUCCUUAACAACUCCCUGUUCAGUUCCUACUACACUGCCUACGUCAAUCAAGUGUGGUCCAAGUAUUCGAGCGCCACCUUAACGGUGAAUACGCAAGCCGCUGCGGGCGACGUAAAUGCCACUGUCUCGAAUGGUACACUUAACUUCUCUGGAGGCAUCUCCUACGCCAAGCCCUCCACAGGAGAUAUCUUCAGCAACAGCUCAGGGGCAUUUGCUGUCUCGGGUAAUGCCACCAAAGAUGCGAUUACGGCGCGUCUGGCGGCGGCUUUCAAUCGAUCCACUUUGUUGAUAAACACCAACCAGCCAAAUGGCGAGGUGGUGUCCAACUAUUAUCAGAACGCUGUCACCAAUCACUAUGCGCGUAUCUGCCAUGCAACUACGAUAAAUGGCCGUGGAUAUGCCUUCCCCUAUGAUGAUGUUAGUCCGAACGGAGGCGUCGAUCAAUCAGGUAGUGUCUAUGAUGCGAACCCGAAGUUGUUGACUGUUACUGUGGGUGGCGGCUCUACGAGCGCGGUCGCCGAGGAUGUUGUUUCUCGACCAAGUGCUGCACCCCCAGUCCCCAAGAGACCAAGUGCUGCACCUCCAGUCCCCAAGAAGCCAGGUCACUUGGGUGGACUCAAGAAGGUUUGGCACAAGUUCUCGCGUAGCGGAUAG